CACCGCAUCAACAGAGAUCGAUAACCGGAUUCUAAUCUUCAUCGCCAGAUAUCACUGGUAUCCUUGUGAGUUGUGUACACGAGUAUGUAUUACAUGUUUACGGCUGCGGCUUGUGCGCUUUAGCUCUUAUCUGUGAAGUGUUUUCCAAUUAUUGAGAAUCAUCUGAAAUUUAUUAAGAAUAUGAUUAAUCGUAUUCGGCCUCGUCUUGUGACCUUCGACGUGACCGACACGUUGUUGAUGACAAAACUCGAAGAGCAUUACAGCGAGAUUGGUUCUCAGCAUGGUCUGCUCGUCGAGCCUAAAAAAUUAGCGCGAAGUUUCAAAACCAAUUACGUGCAACUUAGCAAGGAACACCCGAUAUAUGGCAAGCACACUGGUUUGGGAUGGGAGAAUUGGUGGAGAACAAUUGUGUAUAAUGUAUUUAGAGAUCAACAUGCGUCUGUAUCAAAGGACAAAUUGAACAAGGUUGCCGACAGUCUGAUAAAUUGCUACGGCACCGGCAAAUGCUGGCACAAAUAUCCUGGUACCAUUGAUUUACUCAAUUACCUGCAGAAAAAGAACAUCAUUCUGGGUAUUAUCUCGAAUUUUGACGAACAAUUAGAAUCAAUUCUCAAGGAUGUUCAAAUUCACCAAUAUUUUACCUUUGUUUUGACCUCAUAUAAUCUUGGUGUGGAAAAGCCGAGCUUACAAAUAUUCGAGGAAGCAUUAAAAUUAGUGAAGCAUCUUCGAGAAGAAGAAAUAUCACCUCAGGAAGCAAUGCAUAUUGGUGAUAGACUGGACAAUGAUUACUUUGGAGCGAAAAAUGCUGGUUGGAAUGCUUUAUUGAUUAAACAUGAGAAUGAGAUUGACAAUAUCAAUAUACCCAAGGAAAAUGUUUUUAGAAAUUUAAAGGAGCUUCAGGAACAUUUUCAGAAAACAUUUGAAACAAAUUACUAAUUAAUAGUGCAACGAUUAUCUGUUAGC